AUGGACAUAAGUGAAAGAACUAAGGAAAUCCAAGCGGACAUGCCCGAAAUUAACCAAGAAGAGAAUAAAUUGAAGAUAAGACCUUUAGAAAGAAUUAAACUCUACCCAAAAGUACCAAUUGAGCCAUCAGCUUAUGGAAAAGGUAAAGGUUAUAGUCGACCUUGGAUUCUUCAAGAUGGUCGUAAAGUUUCGAAGCCAGGUAGUGAGAUGCGCGACAGUUAUAGAGUUCCUAAAAAAACUAACUUUGGUGAAGGUAUAAGAAAGCGAAUGCUUACAAAUUUCUUUUGGGAACAAAUGCUUGAUGAGGUAAUUGAGGAAUUAUCGACGUCGCAAUCAUCACAUGAACUAUGUACGGAGUAUGACACCCACUUCGUAAAGGACCAGUUCGAACCUCGAAAUUUAGAACAUACUGCUGAUAAAACUAUGCAUCUUAAAUACCCGCUUUAUGGAACGGGGUCCAGUGCCGUUACUUAUUAUAGCGAGACUAUUAAAAAGACGGGUCCUGGUGAAAUUUUGGAGAAAUUUAGAAGAUGUCAAUACUUCACUAAGCCUAUGGAAGAGAGACUGGAUAAUGGCUGGGUACUG